UGCAGUUUUAUUUACCGCCUUCAAUUUGUUUUAUUUGCUUAUUAAAUACUUUUAUUUCGUUGAAAAUGGAUAAAAUAAAGCACUUGGUAAAAUCCUACGAAACGUGGGUAGCGAAAAAUCCUGACGUAGUAGGCGACUUCGAAACAACAGCAAAGUGGGUGUCUUAUUUCAUUGCAGGCCGAAUAUCGGACUCAAAUGUGGUGUCCGAGCUGGUGUACACCCUUUCGAAUGUGCUGGUGUUUUAUAACGAUCGCAUUAUUGACAAAGAGCGUGAAGCAAACGAAAACUCUAUGGUUCAUCAGCAGUCCAGCGGCCUUUGUUACCGUCUAAAGGUCGCACUGACAACACUCGAGUACAGUGAAGUUUUUAUUGAGAUAUCAGCCCGUCGUGUGUUUGGACCAACUGGAAAGUGGCUUGUCAUAGCUAUAAUACAGGUCUUCAAAGCAGCAGGUCGUUUGUUUAUUCUGAAACAUUCCACGGCGGACAUUGUCACCUCUCCGCCCAUACCGUCUCUGAACCGUCGAUCGCUCAGCAAGCAGCGUAAAUCCCUCCAAGGCGGGCAUGUUGUGCCAGAAGUGAGCAGUGAAACCGCUCACCCGCCAGAGCAUUCCAUUACAUUUAAGUUGAAGCGUUCUGGACGCCUCAUACGCAAAGUGGAGGGCGCGCCGCCCAUACAAUAUCGUGAUUUUAGGCUUGACAUGGAGAGUGCGGAGACCCAGAAAAGCCAAAUACCAAGGCAAUUGCUACAUGCCGAGUACCUGUACAUUUCUAAGCCACUAAUUCAUUUGGUAGCCAUGGGGUUGUUCGGUCGCCGCAGUUGGAAGCAGUACAUGGUCGCCCUCUCGAUUGAUUUGUGGAGUAUUCACAUGUAUCGUAAGCAUCGGCAUUUGAUGUCACAGAAACAGAAAGUCGAGCUAUCGAGGCGCUGCAUUAAUCUGCUAUACUUCUUGGUCCGUUCGCCCUUCUACGAACGAUACACAAAGUCCCGCGUUGAGCGUAUGCUGGGCUUUGUCGCCGAGAACGUACCUAUUGCCAAAAUGCUCGCUGGACCAUUGCGCGAGUACGUGCCACGUUGGCAGAGCACCUACUUCUAUCUGUGGUCAACGUGAAGCGUAGCAAUAAAACACUUUUGAAGUAUUGAGAUUUAGGCUAAGCUAUAAAGUUACAGGAAUGGUAGGUUGAUGGAUAGCCCACUGAAAUGCUGACAAAAGUAGUUUACACAAAACCUGAAAAUCGCAAGCUACAUUCCACGAUUGACUUAUCUAAUUGGAUGAACUGCCAUAUAUUCAGUUAAAAUUAAGUUUAUCCUUUACAUGACAUCGUAGCUCAUGAUUUUCAUGUUUUGUAUAGCCUUCUGCAGUAAAUUCUUAAGUCUGUUGUGCGUGAAUUUGUUUGUAUGGCUUUAAAAUUAUAUUUGGAACAAUUUUUACACAUACACAUAAACGAAAUUUUUAACUUACAUACUAAA